AUGCCUCCCGCUGCUAGGCUUAAUCAUCGCCAUCAGCCUUCCACCACCUCUACUGUCUCAUCCUCAUCCUCGUCUUCAUCCAGCCGUCCUGCUCUUCAACGCAUUUUAACCAAUUCUCCGUCGAAUGCGGUCCACCUUUCACGAAGCGCAGCACCAACAUCACGACGAGUACGUUCACACUGGUUUAGUCACUUUGCAGUGCAUUGGAGACGCAGCUCAAGAACGUCGAAACUUUUAUUUGCGUCGACAUUGGCGCUCGUUGCCAUCCAGGUGAUUGCGACGAUCGUGGUGUUGACUUUCUCUUGGGAUAUGUACUGCGAUAAACCACUACGAGUCUUUUUGACGGUGUAUAUCUUGCGCGUAUUUCUUUCUGCACCGUUAUCUGUUUAUCUACAUCUUGCCCCAAGACGCCGGAGGCAACAGCAGCAAGAACAACAAGAACAACAGCAGGACAACAAUCGUCAUCAUCCUCACCAAAACUCUAACGUUGGUUCGGACGCUAUUGUUGAUGCUGAGGCAGGUACCUCAUAUAUGCUAACGGAUCAUCGUCAACCUCCAACCAAUUCAUCGCCAGCUAAUACCGAGUAUGACACAUCACUGAGUAGCUGGAUAGACCGGGCCAAGUCAGCUCUCGAUAUGUUUGCAUUGCUGUGGUUUAUUAUUGGUAACUACAUGCUGUUCACGUCAACAACAUGCUCUGAGACAGCGGUCCCACUAUACUAUCUAUCGUUUGUCAUCAUCAUAUAUGGAUAUGUUGUACUUUCUGUACCCAUUCUGCUAUGUACAGCUGUUAUAUUCUGCCUACCGUGUGUUUUGGUUGGGAUGCGUAUGCUGCAUGUGGAGGAUGCGGAGGAUAUGGGCGGUGCCUCAAAGGAUGAGAUUGCACGAAUCCCGGUAUAUAGAUUCAAGUCUCUUUCAAAUCCCCCUGCUUCUACUGAGGAUAUGGAGAUGCAAGAGUUACCCCAAAAGCCACAGCAGCAGCAAGUGGUCCAUGAACAGACGUAUAGUUUCUGGAGUCAAUUACAAACCCGUUUUGGAUUGUCGAAUGAGUCCGAUGACCAACACCAUAUCGAACAUGAGCCUGAGCUCGAUACAAUCGAAAUCCCCAACGAGCAGGACCGCGUUUGUGCUAUAUGUUUAUCUACUUAUGAUGAUGGUGAUAUCCUCUGUCAGCUAUGGUGUAAUCAUCAUUUUCACAAGACCUGCGUUCAUGAAUGGCUUGUACUCAACAGUCGCUGUCCAAUGUGCAAACGUGAUUCACGAGGGAAGCAAUACCCGGCUAUGGAUUGUUGA